AUGUGUUGCGCGCGCGGUUCGAAGAAUCUGGAAAAUCAAAACGAAAGGAAGAUCCGUUGAAAUUUCACAUUCUCCCAUAAUAAAAAGCCAUACGAAGCAAAUACGAACCACAAGGACAAGCCUACUGUAGAAUCUGGGGGUUGAUACUCGUGUCAGGUUAGAGAGAGACAGUUUGUGAAACGCUGCGGGAGUGGGAGGAGCAUGUAGACGAAGAGCACGCGAGGGGAAUCCCUGGAGGGGCAAAGGAGAUAGAAAACGGACCAGCCGGGUUAUUGGAGGAGGGUGACAGGGUGGGAUGGAAAGAGCGCGAGGAACGGAGACAGAGAAAGACGGGCACGCGACGGCAUCUCACCUGUUUGCCAACCCGCCAGUCUAGUUUACGCGCCCGGUCAUCCGCCGGCUCUACAAGUGGGUAUUCCAUUGCGAACGCUAGGCGCGCUCGUUCUAUCGCGUACGAACGCUCGUUUUCUUUCAUUCCGUCGCAUAUCUCUCUGCCGUGUUUGUCCACGCAUCCCACACGAUCCGUUCACCAUCAGGAUUUCUACGUGAAACUGCUCCGCUCUGUCCUCCGGGGUCUUUCCAUCGGUGGACACAAAGGGACGCGCACGAUCACGGAAACGAUGCGACAGAUCCAGUACGGAAAUAGGACACAUAGCUCAUCGAUAGAAACGCGUUAAAGGAUCGGUCGUUGGACGAUGACUUAAGUUCGGCGCUCGAGGAACCGCAGCGAUCGCAAAGAAGAAAGCAACAAUAUUGCAAAUGGCUGUGGGGCAGAAUCGAUAUCGUGACGCAAAGAACCGUGAAAGUUGCCGAGGUCGAGGUGCUUUCCUCCCCAUAUCACCGAGCCAAUCCAGCGUGUGUCGCUUGGAGAUCGAUGCGUGCAAAGUUACCGCGAACUAAACGUCCUGAACGCCCUGAAGCCGUUGAUCGGGAACACGGACGUGCCAGAAGGAAAACGAUGACAAUUGCCCCGAUUCUCACGCGCCAGUGUUUCGUUUAGACUCUAGAGACAAGCUGAUUUUUUCCACGCGUAUCAACAAUGAGCUUCUUUAACUCGUUGCAACAGUACGUGAGCGACAGCGUCGCGAAUUUGAGCCUCAGCCCGAAGAGGUUCUCGUUCAGCCGCGAGGACUCCGCGACCAGCGCGUCAGGAAGAAGCGGCUCCACCGGAAGCGUCACGGGCACGACAAACACCAAUUCCACCGCGCAGCAAUCCACUCCUCAUGGUUAUCCUAAGGUGGUGCCUCCACCGGGAGCGGCGACGAGUUCUCACGGGCGGUCGUUGUCGGCGCGCAGACGGACCCUCGAGUGCACUUCCGCCCCCGGCCUGACAGUGCACCCCGCCGCCGGAAGCGCAUCGGGCAGCACGUCGCCCCGCAGGGCUGGCUCUUUUCGAAGGAGCACCGGUUCCGGCGAUCGACCGCCUUUGAAGUUCUGCCGAAGGAGACCCUCCUGGCCGGAAGUCGACAUACAAGCCACUUCCGGGGUUCAAGAGACGGACGGCUCUUUCUUCGAAAGUUUCACCGCGUUAUCUUGGAGACAGGAAAAUCGAAGGCUCAUGGUCCUUCAAGAAGUGGAGGCCAGGGCCAAGGAACCGCCUCCCCCGUCCAGAGACACCAGCUUGACGCAAACUUAUCGUUUCACCAAAAAAGAGUUGGAGCAGUUGUACAUAGAAGUCCUCUACACGAUCGCCAACACUGUGGGCGCUAGCACGGGACAAUACGCGCACUACAAGGAAGAUCUUUAUAGGUACGCGCAGGAAGCUUUUGGGGUUCCGCCGGAUCAACAUCGACGAUAUCUGAACAUCGCGUCGGAAGAGAAGCCACCGAUAGUUGUCCUAAGCGUGGUAGUCGUGGAAGCAGAGGGACUAGAAGCGAAGGACGCGAACGGAUUCAGCGACCCUUACUGCAUGUUAGGAAUUCAACCGGGUAAUACAGGUGCACCGUUGAGUCCGCAAACGAAUUUAACUGCGCACUCACCCCACACACCGCCAGCAUCUCCGAGACAAGCGACUCGUGCCCUUUCCGACGGUGGUGAAACCGAGAAUUCUCAUCACGAGAAAUUACGGAAACACCAUAGUUUCAGGUUGUCGUUCAAGCGCAAGGAGCAUACGAGCAGACGCGAGCAUCGGGAAUCGUUGAGCGGCGCGGUACCAGCCAAGUUCAUACGCGCGACGUCGGUGAAGCCGCACACGCUAAGUCCACGAUGGAACGAGAAGUUUCGUUUCGACAUCGACGACAUCAACACGGAUAUUCUGCACCUGGAUAUAUGGGACCACGACGACGAGUCCUCCGUGUUCGAUGCAGUGAGCAAGCUGAACGAAGUACGCGGCGUCAAGGGACUCGGAAGAUUCUUCAAGCAGAUCGCGCAGAGCGCGAGAUCCGGCGGCCAGGACGAUUUUCUUGGCUGCGUGAAUAUUCCGCUUCAGGAUAUUCCAAGCACGGGGCUGGAUCGAUGGUACAAACUAGAGGCCAGAACGCAACGAAGCACAAUUCAAGGUAGAAUUAGAUUAAAGCUAUGGUUAUCAACGAGAGAAGACCGCGGGACGUCCGAAGAAGACAACUGGGGAGAGCUCAGACAGCAGGAGAGACUUUACACGGUCUUUCUCAAUCACGAGAUGAACAAACAAGCAGAAGACUUCACAGGAGAGUUGCCACAAACGGCACUAACGAUUCUUCAUCAACACGCCGUCCAAGGUGAUGUCACGGAACUCCAACAAGCGUUAGUUAGAUGGGUAGCGACAUCCAGGCAAUCAGCGUGCGACCCUAGAAUUCUUCAUCGUCUUCUUCAGGAAUUAGACAAUGUAUGGCACACGGACACUCUUUCUCGAGACGAGGAACAAUGUCUCGCAGAGUCGUUCAAUGAAUUCCUCGAAGUAACGUUGAAGAAAGUUCGACAGCACCGAGUGCUAUUCCCGCCAUUGCAUCGACCAUCCAUCUCUAAAUUGGAUUAUCUUCUUAGAUGUUUAGGACUGCUAUCGAACAUGAAAGCCUUCCGUGCGUGUUGCCCAUUCAAUAAGGAAAUCCGCGGAGAAAUAAUAACCGCCCUAAGAAAGGGAACCCUCGAAUGGUACGAGGACACGAGGCAGCAGACGAUGUGUUACGAUAAAGAGCCGGAUCAGGAUGCAGAUAAGGUUUUGCAGGACUUCACCAACUUGGUAACCGCGUUACUGGUAGACUUGGAACAGGGACUCACUUAUUACAACAGUCUCUUUGAAAGCACGAACGGCGUGCCAUAUUUCUCGGCGGUGUAUAAGCAAUUGGACAAGCUGCUGGCGGAACACGUGGCGAAACACAUGGAGAACACAUCCGAGAUGCAAAACGAACUCGGAGCCAGGGUUACCACAGCUUGUCUUCAACUUCACGGUCAAAACGCGGACGAAGAGUACGUGCUACCACCUGGAGCGGAAAUCGGAACGCCGAUGUUUGAAUUAUACUUGGCUCUGCAGGAUUUCAUAACCAUGAAGGAGAACUUGCCGCAGUCCGAUCAUAAAACUUUGGCAAUUUGUAAGUAUUACGAGUGGUUCAGACCAGCUGUCGAUAAAUGGUUGGAUCUGGCUAAAUUGAAGGCGAUUCAGCGGGUACGAAAAUCGACCGAACUUGAUCGGAUCUGUACCGCUGAAUACAUUGUGAAACAUAGUACCUCCGCCAUUGACGUUACAGCUUGCUUCUAUCAGAUUAAAGAAUUUUGGAAGAAAUUGGCUUGGCCGGAUCUUCCUGGAUCGUACAAUUUAGUUCUGAAAGUUGUCGAUAUUAUAUGUAGCUCGGCAGCUUAUUACGCUGAGAUAACACACCAAAAAUUGGCUGAUAGUGGUUAUUACGAGGACCAGACGCCAUAUAAGACAUCAGACGAGGUAAUCGCCGAGAUGUGCGUGGCUAUCAACGGCUUGGAGUACGUCCGACGAUGGCUUCUGAAUUUAGGAGAGGAGUUACUCGUGGAAAAAGUUCUAACAGCCUUGGAGUGUCAAGCCGGUGAUUCUGCGCGAAUGCAGUGGAGGACCGCUUUGACGUCACCGCUGGAACAGGCACCAGGACAAAUGUUGCUGUUCAUAAACCAGAUCGUUUCAAGGAUCGGCACGAAGAUGAGACCACCAUUGAAGAAGGCGAUGUUCCAUCUGGCUUGGUCACCGGACAGUUUGCCCACUUGGGAGGCUAUCGCGCCGUUGCUCGAGUAUUUAGACAUGCACCUGGUGGUGCUAAACUCGGCUCUGCUUACAGUGAACUUCAAUCGAGUUCUUCAAGACAUCUGGGAAGUGGUGCUGGCUGAACUGAGCAACCAAAUGGACGGAAACGCGGGUGAUAAACCAGCGAUGUUUUACGAAAGACUUCACGAGGCACUAGACUUAUUGGCGACGUUCUUCCACGAGGAUGAUAAAGGUCUACCGUUCGAAACACUUAAAUGUCAGAGUUUCCUGAAUGUUGAGGAACGGCUUCAGUAUCACAAAAUGGAUACAACAUUCUUGAUCGACCGAUUUUAUCGACAACGACUUCAGGACCAACUAAACACCGUAUCUUCCGAAUACGGCGUUCUAACGGUGAGAGCGUAUCUAAAUCACGAUUCUCUGUGCGUGGAAGUUAUAAAUGCCAGAGACGUGAUACCAUUAGAUCCAAAUGGUUACAGCGAUCCCUUCGUGAUAAUCGAACUGCUGCCACGAAGAGUCUUCGAGCAUUGCGCCGAGCAGCACACCAACGUCAAGAAGAAAACUCUGAACCCUAUGUUCGACGAAUGUUUCGAAUUCUCCGUGAGCGUGGAGCAGUGUCGAAGUCCGAACGCCAUGGUGCUGUUCACCGUAAUGGACCACGACGUGCUCACGGCGAAUGACUUUGCUGGUGAAGCGUUCUUGGGGCUCAGUACGAUACCUGGUGUUACCGACUCGAAUGCCAGCAUAGACAAUUUCCACGGCCUCAAGCACACCGAGUUACCCCUGAUGCAUCAGAAGAAUCGAAAUCAUCCGAUUCUACAAAUUCUGGAGACGAGAGUCGGCGACAAGAUGGCCCUGGAUUUCGUGAAGAAGCAGAAGCAACGGUUCGCCUCGACGUAAGACGGGUUCGCAACCGGAAACGAGGUAGCACCGCGAAAAGCGAGGAAUGUCGCCGUUGAUACGUCGUCGAUACGCGACUAUUGUUUUAAGUAUCGGCACUCGAUGGGGAAGAAACAAGGAGAAAUCAGAAAAAGUGAAAAGAAAAUAAAAAGUUGAAAAAUGAAAAAUCAAAGUCCAUCCCCGCGGGAAGCAAGUCGACUCUCUUCUCGAGGUUUAUAGCCUUGAAAUUCGUCAGAUCUUUCUCAGUGUAAAUCGUGUUGAAUAUAAUCGGUGUUGGUAACUAACGAAGUUAAAUAAACGAAGAGUAAUAUUGUUAUUUAAGAAAAGGAAACAUUGAGGAUUAAGAAAAAAAAAAAUCGAAAAUCGAAGAGAGACUAUUGAAAAAAAGAGAACAUAUAUAUAUAUAUAUAUAUAAAUAUAUAUAUAUUAUCAGAACUAUUUUUGUGUGGAGAGGAGAAGAAUCGAAUUGCAGGAGAAGCGUAUAAAAAGGAAGGAAAAUAUAAAAAAAAAUAAAAACAAAAAAAAUCGUUUAAAUUUAUCAGCCUGAUGUAUCUAAAGAUAAAUGUUAAGAACAAAAAAAAAAAAAAAAAAGGAACAAAAUGCUACCGUCGAGACCGUCGAAACUCGAAGCAAUGCUAAACGGCCGUGGCACAUAGAGGCAACGUUCAAACCGAAAACUCAUUUUUCGAAACUGAACACAGCGUCGUUAAAAGAAGAUAAAGUAGGGAGAAUGAGGAUUUAUUUCGAACCUCGAUACGUCCAUCGAUCGUAAUUGAAAGAAAGUGACUCCUUUUUCCCUUGCAUAUAAAAAUACCGAUAAUAGAUGGAAGAAUGAACGAAAUAAUUAAAUAUAUAAAUCUCUCUCUAUAUAUAUACGUAUACAGUAAAGUAUAAAGUAUCAAAUUAACGAAAUAAUCACCGCCGAUUCGCAUCGCUUCGACAAUUAAAGAAUCAAUCCCACAGAGAGUCGAUAUACGAUAUUUUUCUUACUCGUCAUUGGCUAAACGUAUCUCUUUCUAUCUUUCCACCGCCGUCGUUUCUCACUUCUCGAUCCAAAUAUACUUGCAGCGAUAUUUUCUUCUGAUCUCGCGUGGCGCGAUCCAUCGAAUCCUUUCGUCGAAUCUCGCGCGACGGAUUUCGAUCGACGUUUACAAAAGCGAAACGAUAUAAGCGAAAUAAAAUAAGAGAGAAAAAAGAAAAAGCAUGCGAAUGAGAAUGGAAUUUACAACGUGAAAGACGAAAAAGGAAGAAAAAAAAAAACGAAAAAAAAAGAAGAAAAGGAAGUAAAUGAAAAUUCGUAGAUGAACGAUGAUCCUGCGCUCGUGUUGCACCGUGUUGCAUAUUGCGUAAGGUUGUACGCGGAAAAUAUAAAAAAAAAAACACACACAUACACACACGUUACACGCAUGUAUAAUGAAUUUAAUCGAAUAAUUAAGAAUACCAAGCGAAAGUGUCUAACCCCUUGCGUAUCUGUGUCCCGCACACAGGGAUUCAGUGUUUGAUUUUGCUCGUACAAUCUGAAAUCUUUCUACAGCUCUUUUCCAAUCUUCUCGACACGGCGCGUGUGUCGUGUUUCUAAAUCGAAUCGAUCGAUUCGACGAAAUUGGACGAGUAUCAGACGAAAGAACGUAUAAUAUAUGUAGUUUGAAUCUCAUUGGACUUUCUCGUGGAUAGUUUGCGAGUUUUUAAAAAAUCUCGAUCGCGAUCGUGGUUAAGAAUCUUUGGGGGAAAGGAACGUUAAUGACGUUAACGGAAAGGGAAAGUUUAUUGAAACGGGGAAAUUAUAGGGGAAAUUGAAUGGAUAAUCGAAGGAAAUCGGCGACCAAUAACGUAGAUAGAACAGUCGGAGUAGGUAAUUUCGAGGGAAAAGGCGAACGAUUAAAAAAAAAACGCACACUCGUCAAUUUUUCUAUUGCACGAUUUAUUCACGCGCGUCUCGUUUGCGUCUACAUACACACGUACGUACGUACACACGCGAGAAUAAAACAACUAAAUAAAUAAAAAAAAAAUAUAUUAGAAUAAAAAGAAAGAAAAACGAAAAAAAUGAGAAACUGGAGGAGAAGAUCGACAACACACCUUUGUAUUUCACACACGCCUUCGAAGAGAAACUAUGAGAAACAAUAUUUGAAAAACUAAUUUAGGAAAAAUUAUUUAAAAAAAAGAAAA